GUCGUCAUCAGAGGCAACGCGGCGAGACAUGCGAGGAGAGAAGAAAUAGAGCGUUUUAAGAGUAGGUGGAGAUUUUCUUCGCAGGCUCCACCUUCAUUAGGCGCUCAUUGGUUUUCAAAUGUUUCUACUUACGUUUCGUUUUAUCGGCUUCCGUGCGCACCGCGAAAUCUUCUUAGAAACGAAAGGGCCUAUCUGUGCGCAUCUAGCGACAGACUCGCGACCAGAGAAGCUAUUUAUUUCCGCGAAGGCGUACGCUCAACAAAUCGCGUGUUUUUAGAGUGAUUAAUUUUAACGACGAUUGUUUUAUUCGUUUUAUCGAUAUUACUGAUAAAUAAAUGGAAAAUAGCAAAAAAAAUCUUUCGUUUAUCAAUGAACGUGGAACGAUACCGGCAAUUUGUAAGAAAUGCAGACAGAUCGAGAAGAGAAAAGUGGACAAGAGGGUUGCGUGUCCUCAAAAGUUGAACGAGACGAAGCGUCAACAGCUGACCGCUUUAUGUUCGUCCUCUCAAUUCAACAGGCAUGUGAUCUAUGAGCAAUAGAUAUGAGCAACAAAAUCAUCAUGUUUAUUCUGCGGAAUUUUAUUUAUAGGAUACUUUCGAGAAUACAUUUGGCCUCUCGUUGUUAUCUAUUUAACUCUAGAUGAUUAUAUCGGAUUUUUCUUGAACAAAAAUAAUUUGCUUGAGUUGGCUUUUCAAAAAAUGAAUGGAAAAGGAGAGAAAGGACUUUGGAAAAGGAUCUACAGGAGAAAAAGAAGUCUGUCGGCGCCGAUAGAAAAAGAGGGAGAAUUUAACUUGCUAUGUUGUAGCCUCAACGAGACGGACGGGCGCGUCGCGACGCGCUGACACGUACACGUCGCGCGUCGCCCUCGGUGAAUUAUUAGGCGUGCCUGACUACAUCACCACGUCUCUCUCUCUCUCUUUCUAUCUUUCUCUCUCUUUCUUUUUAUCUAUCCAUUUAUCUAUCCAUCUAUCUAUUUAUUUCAUUGUCUUUUGAAGCAUAACUUUCAUCAGUGCGAUUUCAUCCAAUCGAAAAGGAAAGUUAUUCUCAUUCUCCAAAUUGUACGUUUUUUCCUUGUCAAAGAAAGCAUAUUCUAUGGUGGAUCAAUCGUUGGAUUUCUAAGGAAAAGAAUAUAGAGAGGAAGGAAAAGAGGAAGAAAAUGUUGUUUCUUUCAUAUACAUGUUCGUGAUCUUAGCAUCGUUUGACCAAUUAUAACAGCCAUGCGUCAUCCCUGCCAAUUAGCAGCGACUCGAGAGAAAGCGCCUGAAACUUUUUUUCCUUUUUUUGGCGGUUGACAGAGUGUGGAUAAUUUUACGCAUGUGACACCCUUGGUAAACGCACUCUCGUUUUCGAUAUUCUUUUCUCUCGCACUCCAGAAUGUCGUCAUAUUCGCGGCCUAAUUAAUUUCGUUUAUCGGUUCGAAUAUAUCUACAUAUACGUCUGGGUUAUAUACGAUGGGUGUAUGUUUAACAGAGCGUGAAGCAUGUUAUCCGUUACUCCUACUACGAUAUUACAACUAUCACAAUGGUGGAAAUGUUAUUCUAUACGUGAAUAACGCCAAGGGUUGAUCACUCCUUUCGUCCAGGCGCACUGUCUAACCGACGCGCGAAUUAAAUAUCACAUCAUUUUAUUCUCUAUCAUAUUAUUAGAAAGUAUUGGUAUCCCAUAGCAUUCGCCAUUUUACUUUUAUCGUAACAUCUGUUUAUCGUGAACGGAAUACUGAUCUUUCGGUACGUUAUGUCUACUUGCAUAUUUCUAAAUGAUUAUCAUUGGUAUCUAGUCGUGAUUAGAUGGAAAAAUGAAAAAAGAAAUAUAUGAUAGUAAGAAAGGAAUAUGAUAGGAAGCAUUUGGAAAUAUUUGCGAGGGUUAAUCACUCCAAUUAUUCUAUAUGCCCAUAAUAAUUCUUCUAUAUUUAAUUCUUCUAUAUACCUAUCUGAUUAUCGAUCAAUCGUUCAUGGUUAUAUACGUCUUUUUCAAUAGAAACCGUUCCGUUGUGUCGCAUCAUGCUUCGUUCAGACCGUAUAAAUAGAUACUUGCCUGCUGACUCGUAUAAUUUUUAAGCUUUCCAAAAAAAUCAUGUAGCAGAUAUUCGCAGAGGUUCACGUGACGGGUGAAAAUGUUUCUUCGAGGAACUAUCUUCUAAAGGAUUCUUUUUGUUUUUAUCCGUGGUGCAACGUAUGAUUGUAGUGGUUAACAUUCAAAUUGGACGAAAACCGGUUGGAAGAAACAUCUUCGAUAUUUGAAAAUAGUGAACCCAAGUUCAGUGAGAGAAAGAGAGAGAGAGGGAGAGAGAGAGAGAGAACGCUGAUGGUUCCUUGGCUUCCUCUACUUCUCUGAUUAGAUUUCACGUCUAUGUUUAGAAUGGUGAUGAGCUUGUCUAUGUUUCGAAAGCUUUAUCUUUCGCCUAAAGUUUAUUUAAAAAAAUAUUUAUUCCUUCGAUUUUAUUUAAUUACGAAUCAAUAAUUUUAUUAUGUUGAAUUUUGUCGAAAAAAAAAGAAAAACUAUUCAUCUUUUUUGAUAUGUAGAAAUAAUUACAAGUAUCUUCGACUGCGAUCGUCCACGUGGGGAGAUUUUGAAUGGUUGCCAUAGUUAGGUCACGAUUGUAGAGGGGGAUAGAAAAAGAAAGAAAGCAAGAGAGAGAGAGAGAGAGGGGGAAGGGAAAGGGAGAAAGGAAGUUUGAAAACCUUCUCUAGGGACCCUUACCUUACCUACAUAAGGCCCGUAGCUUUACCCCACCACGUCAGUGAAGAACCAACCGUUGUAGCAUUCACAUUCGUGUUGCGACCGUGUUGUUGUUCACUCGAAAAAUUUAACCUCUCUUAUGUGCACACAAGUUUAAAGUGUGAUACGAUAACAGUGAUAAUUGAUGGGAUUCGUGGAUGUAUGUUACAACGAUCAGGGAUCCAGUAAGAUAAAGAUCAACUGCAUCAUACUUAAUCUAUGAGGAUAUAUUCAAUGUCGAGAUGUUUUACGAGGUAAUAAAAGUGACAGAUAUGAGGCAUAAUAUUGCAUUCGAACGAGAGCGAAUACGACGACGACGAUGAUGACGACAAUGACGACGACAAUGAUGAUGACAACGACGGCGACGACGACAACGACAACAAUGAUGACGCGAAGAUUGCAAUACGUAUAAUAAGUUGCGAUUGGCAAAGAUUCGCAUAGCCGUUUAGUAAGCGGCAAGAAAAUGCUCAAGUGGACCGUCUCGAGAUCGUUGUCAGCGAGUAGCUCGACACCCCACGCUCCAGCAUCCGCUUUGAACAAGGCGUCCCGCAGGCCUUUUCGAGAUCUGUCCAACACACCACCGGCCGUCGGUACCCAAAGCAGACACGUACAUACGUCGAACCUACAAAAUAUUACAACGAAACCUACGCCAGUUCGUCGUAGACGGUGUCGUAGUUAUGGUAGCGAUUUGAGAACCUACUUUCAAGCAACGAAAACCAAUGUAAGGAUUGGAAAACGACAAUCGCUUUCUCAACGAUUUGAAGGGUCACCCAAGUUGGAGAAUUUUUAUCAAGGUACUCCGCGAGUGGAUACAGACAUAGGACCAUUGACGUUCUUCCCAAAUGAGUGUAAACGUUCAACGGCUUUAACUUUACCAACGGAUCCAACUUUGUUUUUGAAGAGUCGAUCGAAAAAUUUUCAAAGCAACAAUGAGUUACCGCAAAAUAUGUUUAACGAGGCGCGUGCCAAUUUGCAGUCGCACGUUUCGGAUUUUUUUCAUCAGAUUUCUAUGGCCACUAGUCCCGAAGACGUGAUGGAGGCCGAGUUCGUGCCGUUAGACAAGUCUCGAAUGUAUCCCGAAAAGAAUGAUUUCAGAUUAAAAUUGGAGGAAUCUAAAAAGGCACAGUUCCAAUCUAAACUGGCGAAGGUUACCAAGAUUCACGCGCGAAGUAGAACUCCGUAUUACAAGAAGGUCGUUCAAGCUGUUAGUCCUUUGAAGCAGUGUCUUCAACAACAAACUCCGCUUGCCGGGAAAUUAUCGAAUUUGGCUUUAGAUCAAGAUUUACCUAAAUUUGAAAAUAUGGAUAAUACGGUUACGGAAGUUCUCAACAGAGAAAACGAAACAAAUUUUGGAGGCAAAACAGUCGCGGAGAUUCUUUUGAGUGACAUUGAAGAGAGGAAAAAGAUACUCAAAAGUCGUUGUACAGUUACUAUAGAGGAAGACGAAACCUUCUCCUUCGAGGAGGAUCAUACUUAUGAAACGAUCAUUCAAUGCGAUACGAAAAUGAUGGAUGAGGACGAAGCUGCUAUUUCGCAAAUAGGGAUACAGAGCGAUAGUUCCGUGUCUUCGGCUAGUCAGCUUUUAGAGGAUCCCUCGCCGAUGUCUUGGCCCUUUACGUCGCCAAUCACCAAUGAAUUCGACGGUGAAUUCACUUUGAAAAGACAGCGCGGUAUACGUAGAAAACGUCAGCAACAGAGAAAAGAGAAGAGUGUUUUCGAGGGUAAGAAACCGAAAAGAAUGAUCAGGAUAACUUCUGGCGGGAGUCCUAGAUCAAAUCAACUAUCAAAAAUGGAAAACAGGGAUAAUCCUACGAUAGAGGCGAUCAAUCCUAAUGUAAAGAAACUCGUCCUUGAGACAGACUUAGAUUCUACUUUGGAGGAUAAACAAAUCCAAAAUCAACAGUUUUCGAGUAAAUCGUCCUUCUUUUUCAAGAAUGAUUGUAAGAAAGAGGAGCAUUCGGAGAAUAAUGGAAAAAGCACUAUAUGGGAGUUGGAAAGUCCUAAAUCGUUUUUGACAGAGGGCUAUCAUAAUUCGAUCUUAAACUCAAUCUCUAAUACUCCAGAAGCUCCGUUGGUCGCGACCGUUCGAAGAUGUUUGAAAUAUAGUCCGGAGAGCGAGCCAUCGAAAUCGGAUUCGGAUCGUCGCGGAUCUAUCGAAAUCGAGUAUUCGUUCGUUGCCAAUCAUAUACAAGUUCGAGUGAUAAGGUGCAAGGACCUACGGAGGACCUACGAAGGACCUAUUCACGCCUACGUUAAGGUCAGCCUAAAAAAUAUCAACGGUGAGGGAAUCGUUAAGAGAACUGCGGUUCACAGAGCCACACCAAAUCCCGCUUUUCACGAGACCUUAAUAUUGCCCUGCCCGGUUAAUAUCAAUCAGUGCAUCAGCAAAUCUACGUCCCUGGAUAUCGCAGUCUGGCAUAGAGAUCGUCGAGCAAGACGUAGCGAGCUGCUGGGCUGUAUGACUUUACCUCUACCUUUGUCUCAGGAUAAGGUAACGGAAGCAACAUGGCACCCACUCGAAUCUGGAUCCAGCCGAAAUACAAGUACCCCUUAUGCAAGAGUACCACAAGAAUGUGGAGUCUCGCCGCCUUUAUCCAAGGAUGGAGAAUCAGAUAACAACAAUUCCGGUGGGGAUGAUUUGACGUAUUUAAAACAUCUUGAGUUGGAACCAGUCGAUCCUCUGACCGGCUUACCUCUACAUCCAGGCUUUACCGCGAGAGGUGGUAGAACGCCUUGUACUGUAACCAGAAGACUGAUUAGACAAAGUGCUGUGAAUCAGGUGCCAUGGGGUUUCUCUUUAUCCUGGGGCAGACCGCCACGUGUGGAGCGCGUCGAUUCAGGAAGUCCUGCGGAAAGAUCUGGUCUGAAACCAGGCGAUUACGUCGUCUUCGUCGAAACAACGAACGUUGUAACGAAACCGAGGGACGAGAUUUUGGGCUUGAUCCAGGCGGCAACGAAUCAGCUCAUCCUUGAGGUUUAUCGUAAGGGAGGCAUUCAUUCGUCACAGCAGAGGCCCAACUCGAUGAAUGUCUCUCUUCAACAAACUGUCGGUCCCGCUAGUCAGCACGCCGUCGCGUUCAACGCCGAGGUUUUUCCGAAUCUUGCUCCGGAUGCACCACCGGAGGAAGAGUUAUCGGUACGAGAGGCAAGAUACCGGGGGAUUCUGAAGAGCGGUCACACAAGAUUCAUGACGCCGCUGGCCGAAAGGCGCGACGUUCUCUCCGCGGCGGACUACAUGGUCCUCUUUCAAAAUCUAGACGAAUUACUUAAGAUAUCCGAGGAGAUUAGAGACGAGGGUGGCGGUACCGAUAGCUAUCUCUGCAGAGUACCCAAGAUCACGGCCGCUUACAGACGAUACCUCAGUGGACUGCAAUGGGCCUGUUAUUUGCUCGUUGCACUCAGACGGAAUACGGCCUUUGCUAAGUUAGUCUGUGAACCUGCCGUUCCUCAUAAAAGGCGGCCUGACCUUACGGGAAUCCUCUUGCUUCCUUUAGAGCAUUAUAGAGAAAUGACGAGAUUACUGAGUCUGGCAUCGCCAAGAAACUGUCAGCAAGCUCGAGAUUUAGCACAAGGCUACAGAGAAUCAACGGCUAAUGCAGGCGUAAUGGAACCACCGCGCGACACCGGAAGACCUUUACUUAGUUUACAGGAAGUCGAGUCGCGAUUGGUUUUCGCAAAAUGCAAACCGUUUACUUUAGCCAUGCCAGGAAGACAAUGGCUUUUCGGCGGGGCCCUAGCGAAGGUCGAAGGUCGGGCUCGUUUGCAACCAUCGUGGGCGCUCCUUCUUACCGACUUAUUGGUCUUUGCUCGCGUUUCGAGGGAUCGCGUUCUUUUCGUUACUGAGGAACCUCUGCGAUUGGCCAAUAUUGCAGAAGCGUGUUUUACCAUUAGAAAGAGGCCGACAGAAUUCAGAUUACAAGUGGCAAUCAAUUCGAAUGGUAAUACUGAGAACGGUCAGGCAGAAAUGACAAACAGCGGAGGUUGUAGUCCCCAUAGUCGUCCUCGAAGACGAGUCAUCGUAUUGAGAGCUCCUAGCCCGGAGCUCAAAGCAGUUUGGCAUAACUUGCUUCAACGACAAAUAAUUUAUCUAAAUACAGGCUAUGGUGGAACAUCGAGUGUUGGCAGCCCCGAGGAGAGUCCGAUUACCAGCACCAACUUUGCUCACGUUAGAGAAUCGAUGGAAAGUCCGCGGAUGGGAUUACGGGAUUCGCAUAAGCACGAGGAAAAAAAGGAAUGUAAUUCGAGUGAAAGUCUUGCCGAUAUUCUGAAAAAUACGCGAGAGGACAAUCAUUUGGCCCAAUGGGUGCGCAAUUCUCACCAAAUACCGCCUUCCGAUAACGAAGGCUCCCUCGAGGAAUGGACUGCGGAAGAGUUAGCUGCAAGAGCACCCGGAGAAAAGAACGAAAGAUCCAUUCAGGAAGCUACGACGACGACGACAGCAACGACGACGACGACGGCAGAAGAAGUCGUAACAGCGAAUUCGGACAUAGAGCAACAGAGCACAGCCUCCAGUGCCAGUUUAAGUACAGUCAAAUCCAAUAGUAUUACGGCAAGAAAAAAUGGGAGCUACGUAUCCUCGAAAGAAAACUCUACGAGUUCUAUCAACAUCUGUAGGCGAUGUCAUAGAUCUGGCUGCCCCACGCCGCCUCUUCCAAGAGAUCCUUUCUCUCCGUUACCUCCUAAAAUAUCUGUCAUGCCACCUACGCCAGAUAUUUAUACGGCGAGACAUAGAUUAAGAAAUGGCCUACACGAUAGUCCAGGACGUAACAGUCCAAAUUAUGCAUCUGUCGACGGUAAUACGGAAGAUGGAAGCGAAGAUGAUCUUGACUGCGACGGGGAACCACCUUACAGAACGUUGAGAAGAUUCGGUACGAUGAGUAGUUUGGACCAAGACGAUGAGCUGGACGAGCAAGGAGACGAUGAAAAUCGUGAGACAGAAUCACCACCUUCGGGUCUGAGAGCUUGGACCGCAAGAGCUAGUAAUUAUGUUGUUAGCAAGAUGGUUCUUUUGGAGCAAUUUAGCGAAGGGGUUGGCGAUUACCUUCUUCAACCGCCUGUUCCUCCAGAAAGGACAGAAUUUUCUCUUGAUCCUAACGAUGAGGAGGGUACUACGUCGGGUGCAACUUCGGGAGAUGAUAUUUGGGGUACUCCAACCUCCGGAGGUCCAGACGACGAGAGUUUUACGACACAUUCGCCGCCGCCAAAUGGGACCGGCAAUUUGACUGGUUCCGGAGAAGACAAUUAUGGUCUGAAUUUAUCUACGGAGGAAGAUCACGAUCAAGAAUCGGAUAACGAGGAUUGCGGUUUGCCCGAACUAAGCAUGGAUCAAUUACUUGGCGGAGGUAGCCUUGGCUCGCUACGUUGCUUCUUAAGUAGAAGAAGACUGGAGCCUUUACUCGAAGAGGAGGAUUCCCCUGGAAGUGGAAAACAUCAAGUUGGAUGGUGGUGACAGAGGUUGCAAUCGACUACGUUGAAAAACGUCAGCUCGAGUUCCGAUGUAAUCGAGAGAGAUCGUAUUUUUGCAAAGUUGAGCCAAGAAGACGAAGAGUUUCGUCGUAAAAUUGUAGAUCUUCAUAGAAAACUGUCCGACGUAGACGAAGCCUCAAAACUUGAAUUAACAUCACCGGACUCAUCGAAGAAUGUCAAGGAGGCAGAUCGUUUGAAAGAAUUGGAAUUGGUCGCGAGAAGAGCCGAGGAAUCUAAUAACAGAAAUGCAGAAAAAAUAAGUUUUGAGAUAUUGCAAAAGGAAGCUUAUGCCGCGAUUGCGACCGACGGACGUAGGCACAGGAAGUUGGAUGCGCAGCACGAUCAUAGAAAACAAUUAGAAUUUAUGAUAAGAAAAUCAAAUAACAAGCUCGGAGAGGAAUCCUAUAGUCAGAAUAACGGUCGUAAUUCCAUCGAGACGUCGGAAACUAAUUUUUUAAAUCGUUUGAGAAUAAAACGACGUAGUUUGAAAUUACUGAGCUUCCUUAGCGGCAAAGCGUAUGAUCGGUCGCAAGAAGAACGAGCAGCAAGAUUGUUAAAGAUGUAUAUGCCUGAGAAAACUACAAAUGCGCAUAAUACAAUCUGCAUUCACCAUACGUCCAGAGAUAGACGAUUUUGGAAGCUUCGGAGUCGUAGGCGAUCGAGUUCGACUUGAAUUUUAAAUAGGACAACGAGAGAUUAUUGUCUCUCUCUUUAUCUCUCUUCUCCCCCUUUCUUUCUUCAUUACUAGGACUUCCAAAAUGAUCAUGUUGUUAGAAUUUUUUCAAAUCUACUUACUUACUAUAUCAGGAGUUGUUUUCUCAUAGAGAUUAGUCUACAAAUAGGAUAUCGAGUUGACGAUUUCAUUAUAGAUGUUAGCAUUUCAGAUAAAAUGAUAAAUUCCAAAGGCUACUUGCGCACAAUUAACAAUCAGACGAUAUUCGAGUUGCAGAAAAGGUCUCGUGUUCUGGCAUUAUCAGUACGCUUAGUACGCUUAUUAUGCGCGCAAGUACAUAAAAGUUUUCCAAAAGAUGCGAUUACGGCCUAGCAAAUUACUUUUAUUCUCUUUCGAUGUAAGGCACCACUAAUUGAGUCUUAAUCGACAUAUUUUCGAUAGAUUUUCGAUAGACUUAGAUUUUCUUAAUAUCAUUUUUGUUUCUUCUUCCUUUUCUAUAAUUAGUUUUAACGUAUGUAAUAUCGCAGUAUAGGACCGCACGACUGAUCUAAAGCGGCACGCAUCCUUUAUUUCUAUAGGGUCCUAACGUACCAUUUACAGAACUGGAAAUUUGACGAGAUUUUAACGUUAUGGUUAGUAGGAUAUAAAUUGUAAGUUAUAACGUAUGAUACAUGAAUAAAUGAUAUAUUAUUUGUU